AAAUGUCAUUUUAACCCUCAACGAAUCAAAUUGUCGACCCUAAAAUCAAAAAGAUUUUCAGCAUGUCAAGCAGCGCCAGCAGACAUUCUGUUUCUACUGGAUUCCUCCGGAAGUGAGGGAUCUUAUAACUUCGAACUUCAGAAGAAUUUUGUGUCCAAGUUUGUCACAUUUUUGAAUAUCGGACCAUAUGACGCUCAGGUUUCUGUGGGAACAUUCUCCACAAUCGCUAGGAGCUUCAUUCGACUCAACUCCUAUCACGACCAAUACAGCCUUCUAAAUGCCAUUGCGGGGAUACCAUAUACAGCCGGUGGAACAAACACCCAUUUUGCUUUGGAUAUGGCUGAGCAUUACACAUUCACGUCAGAAAAUGGCGACCGCCCUCAAGCUCCAAACAUUGUCUAUAUUCUGACAGACGGACAAUCCAAUAAUAUUUAUCUGACACACCAGGCAGCACAGCAUCUCAAAGGCACCGGGGCUAAGGUGUUUGCCAUUGGAAUCGGACAUGUAUCUACGAGUGAAUUGACUGACAUUGCAACGGAUCAUGAGCACGUGUUUACUGUUGACAGUUUUUCUGACCUCCCAUCAAUACAGCACCUAGUGCAGGCAACGUAUUGUGAUGUUAUUAAUGGAACAUUGUGCAUCGACAAGAUUUCGAGUUGUUAUAAGUUUUCAAAGAGCACAUGCUUGGAUCCUUCUUACGUAGCGUUUAUGCAAAUGAACUGUCCUGACUAUUGCGGAUUUUGUCAGUUUCACACACCAGUUCCACCAACAAAACAAAUGACAACCAUUCAAACAACUAAAUCAAUUUCAUUUUUACCAAUGACAACAACCACUCUACCUUUAAAUACAAAUAAACCGACAACGUCGACGAUAAAAACAUCAACAUUAAAGGGACCUGUCCCACAACACAUCUCAGAAGGACCAUGCGUCGACAAGAUUUCAAACUGUGCUGCCUAUGGAGACACAGUCUGCACUAAUUACAGACUUUGGGCAAUAGAAAACUGUGCUAGAUUCUGUAUAUUUUGUCAUGACAAAAUUACGACACCAACAAUACAAACAUCAAUCAAGACCACGAUAGCACCUUCAACUACACAGAGAGUUUAUGAUGUCUGUGAGGACAAAAUUGCCAGAUGCAGUACAUAUGGAACAGAUAUCUGUGCCAAAUACGCAUCCUGGGCAGCAAUUCAAUGUCCAAAGUUCUGUCGGUUUUGCAACUCUUCAACCAACUCAACUAUGAGCAACACAAUACCACCAACAUCUGACACGUCUACUUCAACGACAAUCUCACUACAAUCUUCUAGAACAGAUUUUACGAAUUUCACAAUCUCAAAUAAAACAAUAUCCACGACAGCCACAAAACAAACCACCUCUACCUUGUCGCAAUCAACCUCAGCCUCAACUCAGUACACCACAGACGUACCACCAUCAACAACCUCGAUACCACCAUCGUCACCACUGGACACAAAAACCUCCCUUCUAUCAACGACUAAUCCCUGCCGAAACGUCAGAAACGACUGUGCUGAUCUUGCAAUAACGGAACCUGUGACAAGUACUCCAACAAUUACACGGGACUCCAGUGAACAAAGUCCCCAGACAACAUCAAAUCUGAUUGGUGUUACCAGUUCAGUAUAUUCCUCAACAAUGAGUGAGUAA